CUUAUACUUCCUUUAAAGGAAAAGUUUGCGCAGUCAUGAUGUCUGUGAGUAAGACCUGUCUUUUAACUCUUGGUCAUUGUCACACAUGGACUGGCUGCACAUUUUUCUGGUCGUUCUCUUAGGAGUUGUUUCCUGCAGUCAGGAUUGGAUCUCUGGAUCAGUGUUGGAGAGGACAGUCAGACCAGGAGACAACAUCACUCUCUACUGUGACUGCAAAACAUCAUCUGGAGUAUACAUAGUGUGGUACAGGAACUGCUCUCAUGAGAACCAGCCUUCUCUUGUCCUAAAUGCAGCUCAAAGCAGGGGUGCUACAGGCUUUCUGAAUCUCCCCCCUCGUUUCCACUUUGUGUGGAACAAUUCCUCUAAAUCCUAUGACCUGCUGAUCCGGAACACCACUGACUCUGAUGAGGGCCUCUACUUCUGUGGAACUCAAGAGUUAAAGGUGUACGAUAAAGAAUACAUUACUCACAGAUAUGAUUACAGAUAUGGCAACAUCACAACAAAGAUCAUAUUAGACUCCAGUAAGUCUCAUCACCAUGAGACUCAACAAGACUGCAGUAUGUGCUGGAUGCUGCUGUUCUCUCUGUGUCCAGCUUUUGCCGUUCUCUCCUCUCUCCUCUCCUCCCUUGUGAUUUAUCACCUCUCUAAGAAAAAAGCUAAAGAACCUCAAGUUGAUCAGCAAAGACCUGAUACUCAAGGUCAAACAAGACUGAAUCAGAAUGAAGACGUGUGUUAUGCUGCCCUGGAAAUCCGGCAGGCAUCACAGAGACCAAAGAAGAAGAAAACCCAGAGUUCUGACUUCAGCACCUAUUCUGCCAUCAAUACUUCUAGGAUGUAGAGGGCCUAAAACAAAAGAACAAACAAAAUUAAUUUUAUAAUUAUGAUUAAUAAUAUAUAGUAUAAUUCAUUUGUAGGGAUACAUAUAGACCAUUAUGUCACUUAUCGUCCACAUUUAAAGCUGAGCUUUGUUUGUUUGAAGGUGAAAAUCAAUUUUCGAAAAGUUGAUACUAAACUCUACCUCUUUAUGUCAGCUCUCAUCUGAGGAUAAAUUGUUGUUGUAAAGAGUUUUAGAUUUCGAUUUGUUACUUUUCCUACAUACAGCACUUACAAUGUUGUUAAUUCUACUUCUACUUCCACUGUUUUUAAUUGUUUUAGACUAUACAACCUGUUAGUGGCAUGAACCGCAGUGUAUGAAUUCAUUCAUUCUUCACAGAAUGUAUGCAUUGUGUGCAUUUUAUUUCCUCACACCACUUAAAUAACAUAUUAAAAAUUGAUGAUGAGCUGUAAAAAUUAAAAAAUAUAUUAUAAAUAUGGAAAA